UUUGCCAUAUCUUUCAUGAAAUGAUGAUACUUUCAAAGAAAUGAAUGAAAUUUUUUGUGCUCAUUCUGGACACUUUGAUGGUGAUUUUCAUAUAGAGUUUGUGGUUUUUGGGUAUUUGGUUGAUUAGAUAUGAAUUUUUGAAUAGAGGUGUGACAAUUUGUGUCACACCAAGCUUGAUGAACUUCCUGAUUUUAUUUAAAAUGCUUAGGGAUGUUGAUUUGAGCUGAAAUUUUGCAUGGUUGAACAUAUGAAUGUUUAGAUCACAUGUGAUUUUUUCUGGAAUUUUUGAUAUCAUUUUCUAUUUGAUUGAUAAUUUUCUUCUCUGGGUGGUCAUUUGGUGACAUUGUGUGAUACAUGUUGGCAUUUUGCUUGUGAAAUUCUCAUGGUGUAUUGGAUGGAUGUGGAAUUGGACAUGUGGAGUGUAGACACAUUAUAGGUCAUUUUGGUUUUGAUCCCAUUCAUUUAUCUUGUAUUGUCACUGUUUUAUGAUUUUGGGAAGUUGAUGCUUGUUUUGAUACCUUGUGUUGGCUUGUUUGAAAUUGUCUGAACUUCUUGAUUUUCAUUGACCUACUUCCAUUUAUCCAAAUGAGCUGAAAUUUGACAUGCUAUUCAUUGGAUAUGUUCUGUUGAUACUUGAAUUUUUGUGGAAUUAAUUGAAUUGUUUUGGUAUGGAUUUGAUUGAGGUCAUUCUGUUUGGUCAUUUGAGGUUGCAAAUUGCAUGUGUGAUACCUUUUUGUGCAUAAAAUGAUAAUGGUGAUUGAUAUGAGCAUGGGACCAAUUGCAUUUGCUUUUGAUUUGUUUGAAUGUGAUUUUGGAUAAUUUUCACUUGCUGUUUUGAUUUUUUCAUCUCCUUUGGACCCUAGGCUUGGCCUAGUGGUCUAGUUUCUCAUGUUUGGUUUGGAUUUUCAGGUUGAAAUGCAAAAGGCUAAAGGGGAAAAUUCAAGUUAUAAAUUGAGUUUGUUUGAUGUUGUAAACUAACAUUGACCUUGUGUUGUAGGGUUUGAUGCUUGAGUUUGAGCUCAUGGCUUGCACUUAUGUGCAUUAACUUGUGUUUGAUUGUACAGAUUAACAUUUGCUGUUUACUGUUGAUUUGUCUGAGUACUGAUGAUACUUGAUUGAUUUCAGGUGCAUUUAGUUGCUUACAAUUCCUUGAGAACUUGCUUGUUGUUGCUUGGUUUUUAAACCAAUUGAGGAAUCAUUGCUCGUGCUCGUAGAGUUGUACCUUUGCACUCAACCCGUCCUCACAGAUACUUCACCAGACGCAAUACUCCCAGACUAAUGGAUCUCCCAAACACAGAUAUCCUCGAGCUGAAGGACAAGAUGACUGAGCUGAUCAACAUCAUGCAGGGUUUUGCAGUUGGUCAGAAAGCUCUGGCUGAUAAGGUCGAGAAGCUCGAGCGAGCUUCAGCUGCUAACAGUGUUGUUAACCUGGAUGGUGUCUCCAACCAGGGGCUGGGUGGAUCCAGGGACGGUGAAAAAAGAGCAACCGUAGGUAUGGUGAACAACAAUGCUGGUGGAUUUGGUGCUGCUACUGACGGUGGGCCCGGUCUGGGGCAUAAUCUGAAGGAUAGUCUGUUCCCGCCUUUCUUUGGGGUCGAUGAUGACAGGGAGGAGGACAGAGAGGCUGAUCAGUUCUCUAUGCUGAAUGAGCCAUUCGGUCAAUAUGGUGUUCAACCUCAGAAUAAGGAGAUUCAGUUGCUGGCUGAAAAGAUUAGAGCUUUGGAGAGUUAUGCCACUCCCGGUGUUGUAAACAUGUCAAAUAUGGGGCUAGUUGAGGGGAUUGUGAUCCCACAGAAGUUCAAGGCGCCCGCAUUUGAUAAGUAUAAUGGGAGUUCCUGCCCAGAGACUCACCUUCAAGCCUUUGUCCGCAAGAUCUCUGCAUACACAACAGAUCAGAAGCUCUGGAUGUACUUCUUCCAAGACAGUCUGUCUGGAGGAUCCUUGGAGUGGUACACCAAGCUUAAGUCGUCUGAUUCGUAGAUAGAGCGGUUCGCCUUGUGAGCGAGUGCGUGGCAUACAAAUCAACGAAAGAAAGAAUAGAAGAAAAAGAAACCUUAGUCUCUACAGCGUAACGGAAGAGUUACGAUAUCGAUUAAAUAAAAGUCCCCGGCAACGGCGCCAAAAACUUGAUCGCUCGACUAUGUGAGUCGAGAAUGGGGUACAAACUGCAAGUGCACAGUUCUAUCGCGUAGUUUUAAAAGAUAUCGAUCCCACAGGGACUUAUGAAUCGAUAUACCGUUAUCUAAGGCUACUACGUAAAGCUAAGGUGAAUAAUGGUUGAUUGUUUGGGGGGCGAAGCUAAAAACUAAACUAAGAUCUAGAUUAAAUAUUAAUAAAGCGGAUAUCGGUAUGUAGUUUGUCGUAACUAGGGAAUCAAUUCUUUGUCGGUUUCUUGGUUUUAAAAUAAAUCGUUUCAGUUAACUAUAUUGAUUAAAGGUUUUAUCUCAAACUCUCGCUC